AUGACACCUGAACAUUAUGUCCUUGCACAACUUCCCCAUGGCCUUGUGAAGCACUUUAUGUCAACAAAAGAACUGAACAAAUUAGAGGUGGUGAUUUUUUUUAGUGCCCAUGGGGUGCCACUUGCCUAUGUGGAAGAAGCUGGUGAUCCAUACAAGGCUGAGAUGGAGGAAUGCGUGGAUUUGAUCAUGGAGGAAUUAGAAAAGAGAAAGAUAACAAACGCGUAUACCCUUGCUUAUCAGGUACAUAGUUAGGAACCUUUAUCAUGCUUAUGAUUUCUAAAUGCAUUUAAAGCUAUCCAUCAAGGUUACUAAUUGAAACGAGGGCAUUGAAGAUUGAAGGAACAUAUAUGCCGCAUCUGUUGGAGGAUUGCAUACUUUUUUUUUGGGAUUUUAACAUUGCAUUAUGAGUCUUGAAAACAUAUUGUUUGACAAACAGUGCUGGAAUUUAGCAUAGUAUCGAUAUCAGAACCUAUGCUAUGAAUAGUCAACAAUGAAUUCACUAAUGAAAGUUUCACCAGAAGAGAGGUCAAAACUUAUAUAAAUAUUGUGGAAAUAAUACAAUAGAAUUUUGUUCUGGAAGGCAUGGAAAUGCUGGGAUAAGACAUGGGAAAACUGCUAGAUGUACUUUCAAGAGCAUUAUAUUUCUGAAUGGAGCAAAUUUG